AUGGUAGGGUGUUUGAUGUAUUUGCUUGCAACAAGACCUGAUUUGGCCUAUUCAGUUUGCUUAGUUGCUAGAUUUAUGGACAAACCAACAGAAGCUCAUGUUGCUGCUGUCAAGAGAAUCAUGAGAUACUUGAAAGGAACUUUAAGUUUUGGUCUUGUUUAUAAGUCAAAAUGCAAAACUGAUAUGAAACUUGAAGGAUACUGUGACUCAGACUAUGUUGGUGACUUAGAUGAUAGAAAAAGCACAACUGGUUUUGUGUUUAUGUUGGGCUCUGGUGCUAUUUCAUGGUCAUCUAAGAAGCAGGGCCGGUCCCGACAAUUUGGAGGCCCGGCUCCGAAUAUUAAGAAUAGAAGCCUUAAUAAAAAAAAUAGAUCUACUAUCAUAUAA